UAUAGCCAGUCAGUCCCACUGUCGGGCGUGGUGUCCCUUAAGCUGUGAAAGAAUGAAGAUGAGCUUUGGGUUAACGUUCAGGACAGCAAAAGGCCUCUGGAUGGCAAACCUCAGCCAGCAGUGCUCACACAGAUCUGCUGAGUUAUUUGUGCCACGAAGUCCUCCUCUGGACCCUGAGAAGGUCAAAGAGUUACAGCGCUUUAUCACCCUUUCCAAGAGACUCCUAGUGAUGACCGGGGCCGGAAUCUCCACCGAGUCGGGGAUCCCAGACUACAGGUCAGAAAAGGUGGGGCUUUAUGCCCGCACGGACCGGAGGCCCAUCCAACAUGGGGAUUUCCUCCGGAGCGCGCCAAUCCGCCAGCGGUACUGGGCGAGAAACUUUGUGGGCUGGCCUCGGUUCUCCUCCCACCAGCCUAACUCUGCACACUGGGCUUUGAGCAACUGGGAGAGACUCGGAAAGCUGUACUGGUUGGUGACCCAAAAUGUGGACGCCUUGCAUACCAAAGCGGGGAGUCAGCGCCUGACGGAACUCCACGGAUGCAUGCACAGGGUCCUCUGCUUGCACUGCGGUGAGCAGACUCCCCGCCGGGUGCUGCAGGAGCGGUUUGAAGUCCUGAACCCCACCUGGAGUGCCGAGGCCCAUGGCCUGGCUCCAGAUGGCGACGUCUUUCUCACCGAGGAGCAGGUACAGAGCUUCCGGGUCCCGCCUUGCUCUCGAUGUGGUGGCCCCCUGAAACCAGACGUCGUCUUCUUCGGGGACAUGGUGAAUCUUGACACGGUUGAUUUUGUGCACAAGCGGGUCAAAGAAGCCGACUCCCUCCUGGUGGUGGGAUCGUCCUUGCAGGUGUACUCCGGUUACAGGUUCAUCCUCACUGCCCGGGAGAAGAAGCUGCCGAUUGCAAUACUGAACAUCGGGCCCACAAGGUCAGAUGACUUGGCCUGUCUGAAACUGGAUUCUCGUUGCGGAGAGUUGCUGCCUUUAAUAGACCCACGCUGACCACAGGCUGAUGUUCCCCAAGAUGGAAACUGGGACUUUCACUUGAAUUCUGCUGCUAAUGAUCCCUAAGGAUUCAUCCUGGCUUCCUCUAACUGAUCCAGGCUUACCAACCGUAGCCUGCAGAGGGCAGCAAACCAACAUCUUUGCCUGCGCAUUUCUGAACCUGGUUUCAGAGCCCAGGGGUGAAUAUCUUCAGGCUGAAGAAGGACCUUUUCAAAGCCGCAGCUUCUUUGGAUAGGAAAACUGCUUUCUCUCCCUUUUUAUCUCAUCAGGCAGAAGAAAUAGCCCAGGAAAUAUGUACCUCCGGAGUGCUAACCUAGGGACCUCACUUAAUGUUGUGGGUAAGGGGGGAAGGAAAUGACUUAAUUUAUAGUUCCGAAUGGUUAAAUGCCUUUGAACCAUUUUGAUAUAUUUUUUUAAAAAGAUGAACAGUGGUAUGAAUAAAUUUUUUAUAAACCAAGCAAUAAAGGAAUCAU